CCUGUGUCUCUUUUUUCUUCAAUCAAAAUGGAGCCUGUCAACUGCAUAAUAUAAAGGUAUCCAACACUGUGAAUUGUAUUAAGUAUUCGGGUACAUAUUAUUAUGUACGAAAAGAUUUUAUACCUGAAACGACAACGACUUUACAAAUAACAACAGCUCAUGUAGAUUUAGUACCUAAAACGACAACGAUCCAAAUGUUAAGAAAAACUUCUGCGGAUCUUAUACAUGAAACAACAUCGACUUCAAAGAUAACAACUUCUGUAGAUUUCAAACCAGAAACGACAACAACUUCUGUGGAUUUCAUACCAGAAACGACAACAACUUCUGUGGAUUUCAUACCAGAAACGACAACAACUUCUGAAGAUUUCAUACCAGAAACGACAACAGCUUCUGUGGAUUUCAUACCAGAAACGACAACUUCAAAGAUAACAACUUCUGUAGAUUUCAUACCAGAAAUGACAAAAACUUCUGUGGAUUUCAUACCAGAAACGACAACUACUACAAAGAUAACAACUUCUGUAGAUUUCAUACCAGAAACGAUAACAACUUCAAAGAUAACAACAUAUUCUGUAGGUUUCAUACCUGAAACGACAACUUCAAAGAAAACAACAGAUUCUGUGGAUUUCAUACCUGAAACGACAACAACUUCAAAGAUAACAACAUAUACUGUGGAUUUCAUACCAGAAACGACAACAACUUCAAAGAUAAUAAGAACUUCUCUAGAAUUUCAAUCUUCAUCCGAAACAACGAUUCCGACGUCCCAGUUAACAAGUAAACAAUUAUCAUGUGACCCAGACUGGAUAUUGGUGGGUGACAGCUGUUAUCGAAUUACGCCUCCAGAUACUACUACUAAGCAGGAAUGGAAAAAUGCGUCGGAAAUUUGUAAAAAUAAUGGUGGUUAUUUAGCAACCUUAGAAACAGCGGAAGAAAACCAGCUAGUAAAAGAUUAUGUAGGGACUUUAGGCAAAACAGAUUAUUUUAUCGGAGGAUCUGAUCUACAAACUGAGGGCACGUUUCUUUGGGAACACAGUGGUGUACUUGUAAAUUUACACGGCAGUGGCUUGUUUUAUGACUGGAUGUCGUUAAAUCAGCCUGAUAAUGGCAAUAGUAACCAGCAUUGUAUGGUACUUGCUGGACGAUACGGUCAUAUGUGGAAUGACAUGCAAUGUACUGUUGCAAGAGCUUUCAUUUGUGAGAAAGAUGCAGCAUAA